UAGGCGGCUAGCGCCAGGUCCCCACCUUGACAAGUACCCCAAAAAAAGAGCUGGCAGCUGUGAACCUGCGCUGCGGACACGCCGCCAAUACAAAAGCUUCACUCGCCCUCGUCUCCCAGCACCCAGACUCCCUUGCUCCUCUCGCACUGUUGUCCAUUCACUAUUGCUGUGUUUGCUUCAGCUUUAUCAACGCAUUUCCACCAUCCAUUCUCAUUAAUACCAUCUCUUCCACUUCCUCUACUAUCCUCCUUUGCUCUAGACGCUACUACUGCAGUUCCCCCUCCAACCUGCACCGUCGUCCCCCCGCCUCUCUCUAGCCGCAUCAUCAUCACCGCCUUUCAAUCUUCACACCAACAACCGUCAUCAUGUGUGGAAUUUUCGGAUACAUCAACUACCUCGUCGAGAAGGACCGCAAAUUCAUCUUGGACACCCUCAUCAAUGGUCUGUCGCGUCUCGAGUACCGUGGAUACGACUCGGCUGGUCUCGCUGUCGAUGGCGACAAGAAGAAUGAAGUCCUUGCCUUCAAGGAGGUAGGCAAGGUCGCUAAGCUCAAGGCUCUCAUCGACGGCAGCAACCUCGACCUCGAAAAGAUCUUCGACUCACACGCUGGCAUUGCCCACACCCGUUGGGCUACUCACGGUCCCCCUUCCACCGUCAACUGCCACCCCCACCGCUCUGACCCUAACUGGGAAUUCUCCAUUGUCCACAAUGGUAUCAUCACAAACUACAAGGAGCUCAAGACCUUGCUCGCCAGCAAGGGCUUCAAGUUCGAGACCGAGACUGAUACUGAGUGCAUUGCCAAGCUCACCAAGUACAUCUACGACCAGGAUCCCUCCAUUGGCUUCACUGAGCUUGCCAAGGCUGUUAUCCAGGAGCUUGAGGGUGCCUACGGUCUCCUCAUCAAGUCUGUUCACUACCCCCACGAGGUCAUUGCCGCCCGUAAGGGUUCUCCCCUCGUCAUUGGUGUCAAGACCCAGCGCCGCAUGAAGGUUGACUUUGUCGACGUCGAGUUCGCCGACGAGAACUCUGCCCUCCCUGCCGAGGCUGCCUCCCAGAACGUUGCUCUCAAGAAGAACGCGUCCAACUUCCUCGCCCCCAACAACGGCCUCCUCGGUGCCGCUGACAAGUCGCUCCUCCACCGCUCUCAGUCUCGCGCCUUUAUGACCGACGAUGGCAUGCCCAUGCCCACCGAGUUCUUCCUCUCCUCCGACCCCUCCGCCAUUGUUGAGCACACCAAGAAGGUCCUCUACCUCGAGGACGACGAUAUUGCCCACAUCCACGAGGGUUCGCUCAACAUUCACCGUCUCAAGAAGGUUGAUGGUACUUCGAACGUCCGUGCCAUUCAGACCCUUGAGCUUGAGCUCCAGGAGAUCAUGAAGGGCAAGUUCGAACACUUCAUGCAAAAGGAGAUUUUCGAGCAGCCUGAGUCUGUUGUCAACACCAUGCGUGGUCGUCUCGACAACGGCAACAAGACUGUCACUCUUGGUGGUCUUCGCACAUAUCUGCCUACCAUCCGCCGCUGCCGCAGAAUCAUUUUCAUCGCUUGCGGUACCUCCUACCACUCUUGCAUGGCUGUCCGUGGUAUCUUUGAGGAGCUGGCUGAGAUCCCUAUUGCGGUCGAACUUGCUUCUGAUUUCCUUGAUCGCGAGGCCCCCGUCUUCCGUGACGAUACCUGCAUCUUCGUUUCACAGUCUGGUGAGACUGCUGACUCCCUCAUGGCCCUCCGCUACUGCUUGGAGCGCGGAGCCCUGACCGUCGGUAUUGUCAACGUUGUUGGCUCUUCCAUCUCCAUGUUGACCCACUGUGGUGUUCACGUCAACGCCGGUCCUGAAAUCGGUGUCGCCUCCACCAAGGCAUACACUUCUCAGUUCAUUGCCAUGGUCAUGUUUGCCCUGUCUCUUAGCGAGGACCGUGCUUCCAAGAAGGAGCGCCGUGAGGAGAUCAUGGCCGGUCUCGAUGCCAUCUCUGGCCAGAUCAAGGCUAUCCUCGAGCUUGACCAGCCCAUCAAGGAACUCUGCCAGAAGGUCUUCCAGAAUCAGAAGUCUCUUCUGCUCCUCGGCCGUGGUAGCCAGUUCUCCACCGCCCUUGAGGGUGCUCUUAAGAUCAAGGAAAUUUCCUACCUUCACUGCGAGGCUGUCAUGUCUGGUGAGCUGAAACACGGUGUCCUUGCCCUCGUUGACGAGAACUUGCCCAUCAUCAUGAUUCUUACUCGUGACAACAUUUUCACCAAGUCUCUCAACGCCUACCAGCAGGUCAUUGCUCGUGGUGGCAAGCCCAUUGUCAUCUGCAACCCUGAUGACGAGGAAUUCAAGUCGUCUGAUGCCAUGAAGAUUGAGAUCCCCAAGACUGUCGAUUGUCUUCAGGGUCUCCUCAACGUCAUUCCCCUGCAGCUCAUUGCCUACUGGCUUGCUGUCCUCGAGGGUCUUAAUGUUGAUUUCCCCCGUAACUUGGCCAAGUCUGUCACUGUCGAGUAAGCACUGUCAUUUUGCGCGAACAACAGACCUGUGCAUACACUAUAAAAAAGGGGCAAUGAUGUAACUAUUGGAUGGAUAUACUAGUGGUGAAGGAGUGCGUGACUUUUGGUUUUUCUUGGCUAUUUCCUUUGUAUUGCGAUUGUCAGCCUUGCUCUUUUUAUAUUUUAAUGGCGUGUUUAGUGACGGUGGCAUUUGGCACCGGCAUUAACAUGUGUACAUUGGUUUAUAGGGCCAUUAGAUGUUAGAUGAUUAUGAAAGAUGAAUUUCUAUC